GCGCCCGUGGCUAACGUCACCGCCCCCGUCCUGCCGGCUGCCCAUUGGUCCAGAUCGGGCCCCAAUCACCCCACCCCUCGGCUGGCCCGGGCACCGCUGAGGCCGACCUGGUGAGCCCGCCCUCCCCGCCGUGGAUUGGCCCGCGGCGGGACCCGUCGGUCGCGGUUGUGUCUGGGAAGGAGAGAAAAUGGCGGCGGAGCCCAACAAGACCGAAAUCCAGACUCUUUUUAAGAGGCUUCGCGCAGUUCCAACCAACAAGGCCUGUUUCGACUGCGGCGCCAAGAAUCCGAGUUGGGCCAGCAUCACGUAUGGUGUUUUCUUGUGCAUUGACUGUUCCGGGGUGCACCGCUCCCUGGGCGUCCAUCUGAGCUUCAUCAGGUCCACAGAGUUGGAUUCCAACUGGAACUGGUUCCAGCUGAGAUGUAUGCAGGUCGGCGGGAAUGCCAAUGCGACGGCUUUUUUCCGCCAACAUGGAUGCACAGCCAAUGAUGCCAAUACCAAAUACAAUAGCCGAGCUGCCCAGAUGUACCGGGAGAAGAUCCGGCAGCUGGGGAGUGCGGCCCUGGCUAGGCACGGCACUGAUCUUUGGAUAGACAACAUAAGUAGUGCCGUUCCUAAUCACUCCCCGGAGAAGAAGGACUCUGAUUUCUUCACAGAACACACUCAACCUCCUGCCUGGGAUGCGCCAGCCACUGAGCCUUCAGGGACCCAGCAGCCAGCCCCGUCUGCAGAGAGCAGUGGCCUGGCACAGCCGGAGCAUGGCCCCAACACAGACCUGCUUGGCACCUCACCCAAAGCCUCACUGGAGUCCAUGUAUCUGUCAGCUAAAGGGGCCCUUCCUGCCAGAGAACUGAAAAGCUCCAUCAUUGGCAAGAAGAAGCCAGCAGCAGCUAAGAAAGGGCUGGGUGCCAAGAAAGGCCUUGGGGCCCAGAAGGUGAGCAGCCAGAGCUUCAGUGAGAUUGAGCGGCAGGCCCAGGUAGCAGAGAAGCUCCGUGAGCAGCAGGCAGCCGAUGCCAAGAAGCAGGCGGAGGAGUCCAUGGUCGCCUCCAUGCGUCUGGCCUACCAGGAGCUCCAGAUUGAUCGUAAGAAAGAGGAGAAGAAGCUACAGAAUCUGGAAGGGAAGAAGCGAGAGCAGGCAGAGAGGUUGGGCAUGGGCUUGGUAUCCCGAAGCUCUGUCUCCCACUCCGUGCUGUCUGAGAUGCAGGUGAUCGAGCAGGAAACCCCAGUGAGCGCAAAAUCUGCUCGCUCGCAGCUGGACUUGUUUGACGAUGUUGGUACUUUCGCCUCUGGACCCCCAAAGUACAAGGACAACCCCUUUUCCUUAGGAGAAAGCUUUGGUUCCCGCUGGGAUACAGAUGCUGCCUGGGGUAUGGACAGGGUAGAGGAGAAGGAGCCAGAAGUGACCAUCUCAAGCAUCCGGCCUAUUUCAGAAAGAGCCACAAACCGGAGGGAAGUGGAGAGCCGGAGCUCAGGCCUCGAGUCUAGUGAGGCACGUCAGAAAUUCGCAGGAGCCAAAGCCAUCUCAUCUGACAUGUUCUUUGGGCGGGAGAUGGAUGCGGAGUAUGAGGCCAGGUCUCGGCUGCAGCAGCUCUCAGGCAGCAAUGCCAUCAGCUCUUCAGACCUCUUUGGGGACAUGGAUGGAGCUCAUGGAGCAGGAAGUGUAUCUCUGGGGAACGUGCUGCCUACAGCGGACAUUGCCCAGUUUAAGCAGGGUGUCAAGUCUGUGGCCGGGAAAAUGGCUGUGCUGGCCAAUGGUGUGAUGAAUUCCUUGCAGGAUCGCUAUGGUUCCUACUGAUCCAAGCUCUGUGACUCAGGCUUACAGUGGUGACUGCAACAAGAACUCCACAGUUCCCAGGCUGGGGAUGCUUUGCCUUGUGGAAGCUGGGGAGGAUUUGUUACUUUGUAUGUGUGGUGUGUGUGUGGAGUGGUCUUGGAGGCGCUCACUCAUGUGAGGGGAAUGGUCAGUACCAGCCUUUUUCCUCUGCCUGUGGACUGGGCCCUUUUUUCCCACUCACACCACCCUCCGUGUGUUAGACUCUUGUCCUUCUGUCCUGCCCCCACAGCUGCUGCUCACUUGUCCUGCCACACUGGGAGAGGGGGUUCCCCCAGGAUGGCUUAUUCUGGGUCCAGCCUUUCCUCAAGUAGGGAAAGUGGAAGGUAGAAGGCUUUUUUUUUGCUGGCUCUAGGGUUCUUCUAGUUGGAGGGCUUGGGUCUCCAUCCUCUGGAACCAUGGGGAGGCCUGGAAGGAGUUCACUGUAGACCCGUCCCCUGGGGAAAGAGGCUGUGGACUUGCUGCUGCUGCCGCCAGUGGCCUCUUCUGGGUGCCAGGAGAGGGCGAAGGAGGGAAAGGCCCUUUUAGGCAUUACCAAGGACAGGAAACUACCUGGUACCUAAAGGUUUCAUUUGGGAUCAGACUGGAGACCCACGGGUUCUCCCGUCUCACCACCCCUUUCUACAGUAAGCACUUGGAAGAUUGUCUCAGGGUCCCUCUGUACCAUCUGCUGUGGACCGCAGGACCCUCUGCAACAUUCUCUGUCCCUUCAUCCCCUGGUUGGUGACCAUGGAGGGUCUUCUCUGCUGUGAUUCGACUCUGGAGGCCGUGAGCUUGAUGCUGGCCAGGGAAGCAGAGGAUGUGAGGGGCAGAGGCAGGCUCCUGGGGCUGAGCUCCUUCCUCUGCAUCAUUCUGGGCUUGGGAGCCUGGAUAGCACCCGCCAGUGAGAGCUGUGGGCCUCACCCUCUGGCAGCUGAGCCAAGCACUGUGUCAUUCUUGGUGCCAUCUUCCCCUGCCGCACCGGCAGUCUCAGCCCAGCCCCUAGCUUUGGGUUGUAGGUUGGGCUCCCAAGCAACACAGACCACUGUUCCCCUUGCCCCUCCCCCAGAGGGACAUGACUUUCUUUCUGGACUGUUUGUAUUUAAACAAAGUGGUGUCAAAAUAAAACCCCCGCAGGGCCUUGCUCCCUGUUGGUCUGAGUGAA